UUGUGACAUUUUCCAACAAAACGUCAGAUCAGUGCUAGGAAAGAAAAGGAAACAAAUUAGAUGUUUUUGCUGCUGUUUUUCUUGUUGCAAAUUAGAAAAACAUCAGCCAUCAGCAAGGAAAUGUACGAAGCGUGAAUGCUUUUGUCUGUAGCGCGGAACCAGGACAAGCGUGAACAGUUUCAUCGAUCGAGCGAUUGCGAAGCGCGAAUGUUUGAUUUGUGGGUGGUAUACGACACGACACAAACGCGGAGUGGGUGUGGGUGUGUGUAGCCGUAGAUCAUAGUUUGGGGAUUUUGCCAAUGGAGUAAUUGAGGCAACUACGGGCUACAAGGUUGUGAGCAAGACGGUGAUUUUCUAGUGGGUUUGUUGGAGAGUUGCGAAAGCAAAAGCACCUGUCAGCAUAGCACUUUACUUACCUGACUGAAUCCACGCAGUUUAAUCGGAAUAGCAGCUACUCCUAAAGGAAAGGCGAUGAACUACGACGUGCUGUUAAAUCGUACCGGAUUCAACAAGCUGUCGAUAACUCCGCAGCACUUCCGCAGUGUUUCCGAAGGCGACUCCCGACACCGUGAGCACGACGUCCCUCAGGCGGUUGCUGAUCGAAGCGGCGAUGGAACGAAAACUCCUGGAAGGAAAAUAUCACUGCCACCGCAUGCAGCGCACCGGCAUGAAACGGUUUCCGCUUCGUGCAGUCCGAUGCGAGGCGGAACCUCCUCAAUCCAAUCCGUGGGAGGUCCGGGUGAAGAGUUCAAGGGCAAGGUCGAAUCGAAACUGCUAACCAUGUGGAACAACAUGAAGUUCGGAUGGAGCUACAAGAUGAAAACGAAUUUCAACAAAGAGCAACCGCUUUGGUUGCUAGGACGUUGCUACCAUCAGAAGGUAACGCCCGGACCAUCGAUGGAAAGCUCGGUCGAGCUCGCGACAUCUGGGCCCGACGGACAACUGAUGGUGCUGCAGAACGUUUAUUUGGCCGAAGGGUCAAACUCACCACCCGAAGAAACGGGCACGGAUGCCAUUGAGGACAGCAGUCCGGAAGCGAUCGUGGAGGAGGAAGGCAUUGAUGCGUUCCGGAGGGAUUUUAUAUCGCGCAUCUGGAUGACGUACCGGCGUGAGUUUCAAACGAUGGACGAUUCGAACUACACGUCCGACUGUGGCUGGGGUUGCAUGAUCCGCAGUGGGCAGAUGCUGUUGGCGCAAGGUUUGGUGGCACACUUUCUAGGGCGCAGUUGGCGCUGGGACGUGUCAAUGUUUACCGCGUACGAGGAGAGCAUACACAGGAAGGUGAUCCGAUGGUUCGGGGAUACGUCCUCGAAAACGAGCCCGUUCUCGAUACAUACGCUGGUGGCGCUGGGGAAGGAAUCUGGCAAAAAGCCCGGCGAUUGGUAUGGGCCGGGAGCGGUAGCGCACUUGUUGCGCCAAGCGGUACGGUUGGCGGCUCAGGAAAUUACCGAUUUGGAUGGAAUUAAUGUGUAUGUGGCACAGGAUUGCGCUGUGUACAUACAGGACAUUUUGGACGAGUGUACCAUUUCGGCCGCACCGCCUGCAGCACCCUGGCAGCAGAAGAGCGUCGGAAACAGUCGAAGUUCAACAAAGAAGGUGAAUGUCGAUAAGGGCGGCGCAUCGCCGGCUGCGGAAGGGGAUGAUGAGCUGCAGUCCACUCACUGGAAGUCAUUAAUUUUGCUUGUACCGCUUCGGCUCGGUACUGACAAGCUAAAUCCCAUCUAUAACGAAUGCCUUAAGGCGAUGCUGAGCUUGGACUACUGUAUCGGCAUUAUAGGCGGACGUCCGAAGCACUCGCUGUACUUUGUUGGGUAUCAAGAGGACAAACUCAUACACCUCGACCCGCACUACUGCCAAGACAUGGUCGACGUGAAUCAGGAGCACUUCCCGGUCGCCUCGUUUCACUGCAAAUCGCCGCGUAAGAUGAAGCUUAGCAAAAUGGAUCCCAGCUGCUGCAUUGGGUUUUACUGUGAAACGAAGCGAGAUUUUUACAAGUUUAUCGACAGCGUGAAACCGUUUUUAAUACCCGUUCAUCAGGGCAGUCAAGAAACGGGAUUCGCGAACCCAUCCGGAUCAUCAACCACUAGCUCUGUUAGCUAUCCGAUGUUUGUGUUUUGUCGAGGGAAAAGCAGCGAACAGCGUGCCGAUCUGCCAGGACAACAUUCUGCCCACUAUCCUCACCCGACGGCUUAUCGAUCACCUCCGACGGCUAUACCGCAGCAAUCAGGUGCGACCAACGACGAGGACGACGACGAAGAGGAAGAUGAGGCCAUAGAGUUUGUCAUUCUAUAACAACACGUUGGGGACAGGAAUACCGAAUCGACAUGCUUAGUCGCCGAUUGGUGACAAAAUUCAGCUUUCACCUGCAUGUGCUAUGUAGCCACAUUCCACCCAUGCGAUCUGUUGUGUAUGAAACCAUCCCUUCUCGGAUUUUGUGUACAGCACGAGCAGAACAAAGGCAGUCAAACAGGCACGAAACACGGGUUUCAGUAGUGGAGCUGGUGGAAGACCGCAAAUGCAAGCAUAGUAAUGUUGAUCGUAGAGCGAAUGGAUUAUCGAUUAGAAAAAUGUACUUAUAUUGUGAUUGUAUCGCUUAAGAUGUAUGAAACGUGAAAACUGCGCCGUUAACGAGGACUACCUAUACCUAAACUUCAGUCAGGUACUAGAACUGCUUACAUAUUGCAAACAAGUAAACCGAUAGCUGUACCAUAGGUAUGUUACUACACACAUAGUUAUGGAAGGUUUUAUUUAUUAUACAUAAACACUUUUUUUCCGCGCUUAUUAAUUUUAGUUUGGUUUGAUUUAGUCGUCACGCAUCGAUUAUACUUUAUGUUCCGUACUUAUAACGUCGAUGUGGAAGUCGCAUGGCGAGCAUAUGCUACCCAAAUAAUGUACCGUGUAGGGUUAGAACAUUUUUUGGUAUAAAAUAAAUAUAAAAUCUUAAACGUA